AUGGGCCCUAUGCCUCUGGCAGUGUCCAGGUACCAGGCAGAGAUCAGUAACAUCACAAUCGCCAAAUCCCUGGAGCUGAGAGGGAACUCCUCCCACACACACGUCCAGGCUCUGGAGGAGAUGGCCGAAGUUGCCAGGAUCAUUGUGAUUUCAGCUCGAGGAAAUGUUGUGCGGAGGGUCCUCAUUGAAGCCCAUAGAAAAGGCCUCACCGAUGGGGAGUAUGUCUUCUUCUGCUUCGAACCCUACAAGCAUGAGGACGUGUUUGGCAACUUUGACUGGGAGCAAGGAGACGCGUACGAUUCUGUGGCCAAGCAGGCUUACCAGGCCCUUUUCCUUAUCUCCCUCUACAAACCCAGCAAUGACAAAUACAAGGAGUUCAAUACCAAGGUCAAACUAAGGGCAAAAGAGGACUUUGGCUAUCUGUACUCUGAGGAAGAAGAGGUGUCUGUUCUGGCUGCUAUUGCACAUGAUACAGUGUGGCUGUAUGCACAGGCACUGAAUGACAGCUUGGCAGAAAAUGGAGACCCGUAUGAUGGCUCCUAUAUUACCCGCAAAAUGUGGAACAGAACAGUUACUGGUAUCCAAGGAGAUGUGACAAUGGACUCAAAUGGUGACCGUGAAUCGGCAUAUAUGAUGAAACACGUGGAAGGCAGUGGAGAAUUUAAAGUGGUUGCUAACUACUCUGGGACAAAGAAGGUGUAUGAGGCAGUGAGAGGCGUCCAUAUUGUGUGGCCUGGGAGCCAGACAACCCCACCCAAGGACACACCUCAGUGUGGGUUCAGAGGGGAGCUCUGCAACACUGACAAGAUCUGA